ACAAAAUGACAACACCCAGAAAUUCCUUGAGUGGAACUUUCCCUACCAAGGGCCCUAUCUCCAUGCAACCUGCUCCAAAAGUAAACCUCAAGGGGACGCUGCCGCUGGCGGGCCCCACCCAAAGCUUCUUCAUGAGGGAAUCUAAGGCCUUGGGGGCUGUCCAGAUCAUGAAUGGGCUCUUCCACAUGGCCCUGGGAGGGCUGCUGCUGAUCCCCACGGGGGUCUAUGCUCCCAUCUGUGUGACAGUGUGGUACCCCCUCUGGGGUGGCAUUCUGUAUAUUACCUCUGGAUCGCUCCUGGCAGCAGCAGAGAAAACCUCCAGGAACAGUCUGGUCCAAGCGAAAGUAAUAAUGAACUCAUUGAGCCUCUUUGCUGCCAUUUCUGGAAUAAUUCUUGUGAUCAUGGACAUACUCAAUAUUACGAUUUCACAUUUCUUAAAAAUGGAGAGUCUGAAUAUUAUUAAAACUCCUGUGUCGUAUAUUGACAUAUACAACUGUAAACCCACUAAACCCUCUGAGGAAAACUCUCCAUCCACAAAAUACUGUUACAGCAUACAAUCCAUGUUCUUGGGCGUUUUGUCAGUGUUACUGAUCUUUGCCUUCUUCCAGAAACUUGUGACUGCCGGCAUUGUUGAGAAUGAGUGGAAAAGAACCUGCUCCAGGCCCCAAGCUAAGGUGGUUCUUCUGUCAGCUGAAGACAAGAAAGAACAGACAAUUGAAAUAAAAGAAGAAGUGGUUGAGCUAACUGAAGUUCCUUCUCAAACAAAGAAUGAAGAAGACAUUGAAAUUAUUCCAGUCCAAGAAGAAGAAGGAGGAGAAGAAACAGAAAUAAAUUUUCCAGAACCUCCCCAUGAUCAGGAAUCCCCACCAAUAGAAAAUGAUAGCUUUCCUUAAACUAUUUCUUGUGGGUUUUGCUGCCUCUUUUAAGCAUUAGUAUUUAGCUUCUAAGAGACAUAGUUACCCCAUUUCUUGAGGCACUCUGAACUGGUUCUCCAUGUUUCCAUCUGGUCUUUGCAUGGAAUAACCACAGCCCCAUCUCAAGCGCAUUCAGCAAAUGUGGGAAUUGUAACAGAUUGUGAUGUCCUAUUUCUUGUUUGGGGAAACUUUCAUACAUUGGAAAAAAGCAGAAUAAGUGCUGCAGAACAUGAUUUCCCACUAGAUUUUCCCUUGGCUAGGCUUUUCAGUAGUAGUGCUUUGUGGUUGUUUCUUCCAUUAGCAACAGGACGACUCAGCAUCUGGUAGAAAAGGUCCAUGACUGACCCAUGCCAUUCCUUUAAGCUAUCUUUAACUCCUUCCCCAUCUACAUUUUUGUUGAAGUUCCUUUUGUUUUAAGGGAAA